CUAUGAUCUUCGCCGAUCGGGCAGGAGUCGCAGACCUCCCAAGAUUAUUGAUGAUGAUGAUGAUGAUGAAGAGGAAGAAGAGAGUGAUUUUGAAAACGAGGAUGAUGACGAUGCAUCCGACUCUGGCACUCCUGAAGAUUCUGAUGACAGCGGCAGUGAUUACGGAUACGGCGGCAAAAAGAACUCGUCAAGGAAACAAAAAAAAUCCCCCAGAUCUUCUACGCGGAAAGGUAACGCGCACAUUGCAAAAGGCAAAGGACAAAAUGCAGAAUAGACAUUUAGAGUUUAGCGAACGACGUCUUUUUAUUCUCUUUCGUUUUUUAAACAGAUUCAAGAUCAAAUGAUCGAGUCGCCCAAAGGAUGACGCCCCAGGAUAGCCCUUCUUCAGCAAGCGAUUCCGACGGCGACUGGGGUAGCAAUUCCAAACGAAGAACUGGCAAUAAGCGUAGGAAGCGCGGCACUAAUGCCAACCGGGACGCAGAACCAGGAGUGCGCUACUCUUCCCGAGGCGGCCAAGUCAACUACAAUGAGGAUGAGAACGACUGGGGUAUCAGCUCUGAAGACGAUAAACUCCUCGUGUACACGAAACAACCAGUCGCUCCCGAGGAAGAGGGCGACGUUAUUGAAAGCGUCCACGAUUUCCGUCGUUGUGAAAACACAGAUGAGGACGACACAGAUGAGCCGGAUGAUCCGCACCACAACAUGGAAUUCAUGAUUAAAUGGAAGCAUCACAGCCACAUGCACAAUACUUGGGAGCAGUACCAGGAUCUCCGACAGUACAAGGGAUUCAAAAAGGUCGACAGCUACAUCCAGCGCAUUGUCUACCCCGAAAUUGCGCUCAAGGCAGAUCCCAACACCAUGCGGGAGGAGAUUGAGCAGUCGGACGUCAACAGGGAGAUGCUCCGCGACGAACUCAAGGAUUAUACCUCUGUUGAGCGUAUUAUUGCCUCCAGGACUUCCAAGAGCGGCGAAACCGAGUACUUUUGCAAAUGGAACCGUCUGCCUUAUAGCUCUGCCACAUGGGAACCCGAGGACCAAAUCUCUGAGGGUUAUCAGGCGCAAAUCGAUGCAUUUUUGGACCGCGAGUCUAGUCAAAAGGUGCCAUACAAAACUACCAUCUAUCCAAAGGGGCAGAGGCCGCCCUUUAAAAAGAUGGUUACCCAGCCAGAGUAUCUCGUGGGUGGCGAACUCCGUGAUUACCAGCUGACAGGACUGAAUUGGAUGUCGAGAUUGUGGUCUAGGAAUGAGAAUGGCAUUUUGGCAGAUGAGAUGGGCCUGGGAAAAACAGUUCAGUCGAUUUCGAUCAUCUCGUUCUUGUUUCACCAACACAAUCUUUAUGGUCCCUAUCUGGUCGUUGUCCCUCUUUCAACUAUUGGCGCCUGGCAGCGAGAGUUCGAGCGCUGGGCACCCGAUAUGAACUUGAUUGUAUACAUUGGCGAUGCCGCAAGCCGACAGGCAAUCCGCGACUAUGAGUUCUAUCAAAAGGGAUCAACGACCAAGCUAAAGUUCAACGUCCUCCUGACAACCUUUGAACUGGUUCGCAUGGAUCGCGCAGAACUGGACAGGAUUAAGUGGACAUACCUUGCUAUCGACGAGGCCCAUCGACUCAAAAACAAGCAAUCGCAACUCCACGAGACCCUCAAGGACUUUAACACUGCCAACCGUCUUCUUGUCACUGGAACGCCGCUGCAGAACAGUGUCAAGGAACUCAUAGCGCUCUGCAACUUUCUGAUGCCGGACAAAUUUGUUGACGACGACGUUGAGAUCGAUAUGGCGGAUGCAGAGCAGGAGGCCAAGAUUCGGGAUCUGCACGAAAACUUGAAGCCGUAUAUGCUCCGACGACUUAAGAAGGAUGUCGAGAAGUCUUUGCCCAAGAAGACGGAGCGCAUUCUGCGCGUUGAGCUGUCUCAACUUCAGACACAUUACUACAAGAACAUUCUUACCAAGAACUUUGCGGUUCUGAAUAAGGGAAUGUCGGGUCAUGGACAGCUCAGCUUACUGAACGUCGCCAUGGAACUGAAGAAGGCCAGUAACCACCCCUAUUUAUUCCCGAACGCGGAGGUGGUCUCCGACAGGCGCGAGGAUCAGCUCAAGGGUAUCAUUAUGAGCAGUGGCAAGAUGGUCCUGCUCGACAAGCUGCUGACGAGACUCAAGAAAGACGGUCAUCGCGUGUUGAUCUUUUCUCAGAUGGUGAGGAUGCUGGACAUCAUGACGGAUUAUCUGGCUCUUCGUGGAUUUGCCUUCCAACGGCUGGACGGCAGUGUCGCCUCCGAGGCCCGUAAACGGUCCAUUGAUCACUUUAAUGCGCCCAACUCGAUCGAUUUCGUGUUUUUGCUUUCGACACGGGCAGGAGGACUCGGUAUCAACUUGGAGACUGCGGAUACAGUUAUUAUUUUUGAUUCGGAUUGGAAUCCACAGAACGACUUGCAGGCUAUGGCUCGUGCUCAUCGUAUCGGUCAAAAGAAUGUUGUCAACGUCUACCGAUUCGUUUCCAAGGACACGAUUGAGGAGGACAUCAUCGAGCGUGCUAAGCGCAAGAUGGUGCUCGAGUACUGUAUCAUCAAGCAGAUGGACACCUCCGGACUCGAAAUUUUGCAACAAAAGAAGGCUGCCGAGACCUCAACCGGUUUCACCAAAGAUGAACUUUCGGCGAUUCUUAAGUUUGGAGCUCAGAGCAUGUUUCAACAGACCGAUGGAGCGACCAACAAGAAGCUGGAUGAACUAGAUCUGGACGAGAUUUUAGCACGCGCGGAGGACCACGAUACGACGGAUGCUGUUGCCAUGGCUGGAGGCGAAGAGUUUUUGAGUCAGUUCCAGUACGCGGAUUUCGGAGCGGGCGAUAUGUCUUGGGACGAGAUCAUCCCUGCUGAGGAGCGCGAACAGCUUGAGGCGGAAGAAAGGGCAAAGUUAGAGGAACAACUCUACACGCCUCGCAAUCGUGGACGAGUGUCAUAUGCGGAAGGUCGGGGUAACUCACCUUCACCGGAAUCAGAGGGCCGUCGUAGGAAACGCAAGGCUUCCGGAGCUGCGAGUGUUGCACAGUCUGGUCCAAAGAAGAAGCGCGGCGCAGGAUUGGAUCCAUCAGAGCUAAACAUCAAGGACCUUCGUGCCCUUGCUCGUGGCAUGCUCAAGUUUGGAAUUGUUACAGAUCGCUAUAAGGAUGUCGUAGCCGAGGCUGAAUUGGAGGACAAGGAAGAGGAGGUCGUCAAGAAGGAGGCCGAAGAAUUGAUCCAUGCUUGUGAAGACGCCUUGAAUGUCCCUCAUGAUUCGAUCGACAACCAGGAUGAUGAUGAGGACCUGCCUUAUGCCAAGAAGAACGCCAAGGCUGUACUCUUUACCUACAAGGACGUUGAAAAGAUGAAUGCCGGGCAGAUGAUUCUGCGGCUCAAGGACUUGCGCGCCAUGAACAGGAGAUUGGAUGGAACGGAUCUCGCCAAGUUCCGAAUGAACGUUCAACUAAAACCCGUCUUGAACUGGUCUUGUUCGUGGGGCCAGAAAGAGGAUGCGAUGCUGGUGGUUGGAAUCUACAAGCAUGGAUUCGGCGCAUGGGACAAGAUCCAGGAGGAUACGAGCCUUGGAUUUUCAAAAAAGUUCUUCCUGUCGACACAGGAUGCCAAGGAUUUGAAAAAGAUUCCCAAGGCCCUUCAUUUGGUUCGCCGCGGAGAGUAUCUGCUGAAGACCCUUCGAGAAUCUGAGCGAGACAAGAAGACGAGGCAAUCAGCGGCAGCAGCAUCUGGAUCCAGAAGGGAACCUGGCAAGUCGUCUCGGAGCUCUGGUGGCAGUAGCCACAACAACGGCAGCAGUUUCAAAGAUCAGAGCAAGUCGGGCAGUAGCAACAGGUCCAGAGACAAGAACAGUGUAGGCAGCAGCAACAGCAAGUCUCGCUCAUCCAGAUCUCGGCCGACUCGCUCAUCUCGGAACGGCGCAGGAUCAGAAUCCGAUCGUGAGGGAGAGUCAUCGGGCGGCCAGAACGAUGAGUCCAGCAAGGAUAUGCUGCGGGCUGUCAGUCGAGACCUGAGGACUAUCAGGGAAUCGGACAAGAAGCCAGUGGAACCGCAAGCUAUUGCGGAAUGCUUGGCCCGCAUUGGCCGCGAGAUCGAGAACCUUGUCGACGGCUCGUCCUCAUCAUCCUCGAGAUCAAAAUCGGAUCGGGAUCGACUGUCGAAGCAUCUGUGGACCUAUGCAGGCAAGGCUUUCCCAACAGGAGCAAUCCACUAUGCCCAAUUGCGCAAGGGAUAUCUUGACAUCAAAAAUGCAGAGGUGCAGACCGCUGGCGCUUCCAAGCAACGACAGCAUUUGGAGGACGGACGGAAAUUAAGCCAUCGACGAUCGAGUCCAUCCUCCAGAAGGGAUUAUAGUCGGGAGAGAGAUAGUGGCCAUCAUCGAUCCAGGUCAGCGAGAGAUAGCAGCGCCAGCCCUCAGCGAUCAUCAAGCUCGAGACGGAGAUCCAAGGACCGCACACGCUCCCGCUCAAGGAGAAGCGACUCGGUAGAGGACAAUCGCUCCCGGUACAGGGACCACCGGUCAGGGUCUUCGCGCGAUCGUGGCGGCUCCUCCAGGCACCGAUAUCGCUCGGACGACGAUGACGAAGAGAGUCACGGAAGAUCAGCCAAGCGUCGCAGCGUGGGCGAUGGCAUCCGGGAGAACAACUAUGUGGCGAACAGCAGCAAUGGCAGCCUUGCGACCGGCGGCGGUAACAGUCAUGAUGACAGGUCGAGGGACAGCCGCAAACGCGAUCGGUCGUAUGACAGAAGCGACCGGCAUAUGGACUCAAGGGACCGCAGUCGAGAUCGAUCAGGACGAGGACGCGACAGGGAUCGCGAUAGGAGUCGAGAGCGGUCGCGUGAGCGCAGCCAUAGUCGGGAUCAUGACAGUCGUCGCUACCGGUAGUUGCCCGAGAUUGUAAUGGUCAGGUUGCAGGCAAAGGUCACUAGAAAAGACUGGGGCCAUGGAGCAAUCGGUGGACUUGACUUCACGCUCGCUUCAUAGAAACUGGGCUGAAGAAACGAUUGCUACAGAC